GACCGGAGCGGUCGCUGUGGAAAAAUGGCCGCUCACGGAACGAUUCCUGGAACGGGGAACAACAUCAAAUACAGUCCGGGGCGUGACAGCUGACCUACGGCGAACCCGGUUUUGUCCGUCCUUUGCCCGACUUCCGAACGAAUGGGUAAAGAGGCCUGCGACAAGGGGCAUAAGGAACCACAGCGAGUCCGUUUAAAUAGUCGGAAGAAGCGGGGAGCUAGCUAGAAAGCUAACGUUGCUCAACGUUGGCUAGCUUGCUAGCUAACCCAAGACAAGGCGCGCGAGCCUGAAUCAGCGCCUUCAGUUUCGGUGUGCUAAUCUGAAAGCUAGCCGAAAACAGCCGCAGGAAUGAGCGGACCGGGACAAGACAGCGAGCCAGAGGCCAAAAUCCUUCACAUCAAGCGGCUGUACAGGGCCGUGGUGGAAUCCGUACACAAGCUGGACGUGAUCAUCGGCAGCAAGUCGUCCUACAGGGAGGUCUUCAAGCCGGAGAACAUCAGCCUGAGGAACAAACUGCGUGAGCUGUGUGUAAAGCUGAUGUUCUUGCACCCGGUGGAUUACGGUCGCAAGGCGGAGGAGCUGCUCUGGAGGAAGGUCUACUACGAGGUCAUUCAAGUCAUCAAGACCAACAAGAAGCACAUUCACAGCCGCAGUGCUCUGGAGUGUGCCUACAGGACUCACCUGAUCGCUGGAGUCGGAUUCUACCAGCACCUCCUGCUCUACAUCCAGUCCCACUACCAGCUGGAGCUGCAGGACUGCAUCGACUGGACGCACGUCACCGACCCGCUCAUCGGUCGUAAGAAGCCUGUGUCUGCCACGCCUAAGGAGAUGGAGUGGGCACAGAUGGCAUGUCAUCGAUGUCUCGUGUACCUGGGUGACCUCGCGCGGUAUCAGAACGAGCUGGCAGGUGUGGAGGCCGAGCAGCUGGCCGAGCGAUUUUACCACCAGGCCCUGUCCGUCUCGCCAACCAUUGGAAUGCCUUUUAACCAGCUAGGUACUCUGGCUGGAAGUAAAUUUUAUAACGUAGAAGCUACGUACUAUUACCUGCGCUGCAUUCAGUCCGAGACGCCCUUCGAGGGAGCCUACGGGAACCUGAAGCGUCUGUUUGAUAAAGCGGCCAAGAUGUACCAUCAGGUGAAGAAACAAGAGAUGAAGAAGCUCUCACCGUCACGCCAGAGAUCAAAGGACAUCAAGCGACUCCUCGUAAGCUUCAUGUACCUCCAAAGUUUACUGCAGCCCAAGAACAGCGUGAUCGACACGGAACUGACGGCGCUGUGCCAGUCAGUCCUGGAGGACUUUAACCUGGUGCUGUUCUACCAGCCCACGCCGAGUCCCGGCAGCCAGUCCGUCAGCGAGGAGGAAGACGAGCACGAUCAGGCCUGCAGCGUGCUGCCCGACAGCCUGGUCUUCAAAAUGGUGGUGAUCUGCCUCAUGGUGGUGCACAGCUUAAAGAGAGGAGGUUCGAAGCAGUACAGCGCCUCCAUCGCCUUCACGCUAGCACUUUUCUCCCAUCUGGUGAACCACGUGAACAUCCGGCUACAAGCCGAGCUCGAACAAGGGGAGAGCGACGUCCCGCCGCUACGCACCGACGCCGCGGACGACGCUGAUCCUAGAGAGCAGACGAACACACUUCCUUCAGAGGACAGACCGCUGCAGAACGGCUCUAUAGAGGAAGAAGACGGAGACGACGAGAACGACGAAGACGAGUCGAAAGGCGACGACGCGGCGGUUUCUAAGAAAGGCUCGGCGAAGAAGAGCGGCGAGGAGAAGCCGAAACAGAAGAGGAAAUACUCGCGUCUGUCCAUGCUGCGGCGGCGGCGCUGCGCUCGCGACGAGGACGAGAGUGACCUGAGCGAAGGCUUCGAGAGCGACGAAGAGGAGGACGAAGAGCCUCAGAGAACGGACGGCUCGGGGGUCCCCGCGAACUCUUCUCUGGGGAAAGAGGGACGCCGGGACGCGGCGGGAGAACAGGGCGUCUGGGAGAGUGGGUCGGAGGAGGAGGAGGAGGAGGAGGAAGAGGGAGGCACCGCGUUCGACGUCGAGACAGACUCCGAUAUGAACAGCCAGGAAUCGCGCUCCGAUCUGGAGGACAUUGAGGAUGCGGCGAGUCCGGCGCAAGAGCAGCGGCAAGAGGAGGAGGAAGAAGAGGAAGAGGAGGAGGAGGAGAAGAAAGAGCGUCCGUCCUGUGACGAAGGCUCCACCCCUCACACCACCAACGGCCCCCUGCUGUCCAGCGACCCCAUCAUCAGCAGCAACCUGCAGGCCAUGUCCUCGCAGCUCUUCCAAGCCAAACGCUGCUUCCGUCUGGCUCCGACGUUCAGCAACGUCCUGCUUAGACCUUCACACGGCUCCAGCGUGGCCUCAGAUUCCGUCCCCUCGCAGGAAUCCACGCCCCCUCCCGGAGACACAACCAGUAAUAAGAGUCCAGAGAUGGCUAACGGAACCAACGAUGACGACGUCGACACGGAGGACAGCGAGCACAGCAACCAAUCGUAUCACAGCGAGAAAACACUUUCCGAGAGACUCGGGAUUCUGACAAACCAAGGCCUCAUCCAGGUGGUGAAGGUCUUCGUGGAUUGGAUGAGGACAAAUACAGACAUCAUUCUCAUGUGUGCGCAGAGUUCUCAGAGUUUGUGGAACCGUCUCUCAGUGCUGCUGAACUUACUGCCUGAUGGGAAGAAGGUGCUGGAUGCAGGUCUGGGUCUGAAGGAUGAGGUGGAGGAUCUUCUGGCCCGUAGCGAGCGGCCGGACCUGGUGCAGACGGUGCUGCUGCCGGAGGACCAGGCGCUACGUCACCUACCCGCCCUGAACCUGGCACACCGCCGCCUCGACUUCACUCACCACAGAGCCAGCCUGAGCCCACUGCAGGAGUGUGUGGUGCGCUUGUGCUGCAUCCGCAGCUUCGGCCACUUCCUCACCGGUCUCCAAGGCAACGUGCUGCACUACAACCCGGAGGCGGGGAUUUUCACCAGCAUCAGCCAAUCGGAGCAGGAGAACAUGGUUCAGCAGGCGAAGGCGCAGUUCCGCAUGGCUGAAGAGGAAGCGCGCAGGAACAGGCUCAUGAGGGACAUGGCACAACUCCGCCUGCAGUUAGAGGUGUCCCAGCUAGAGGGCAGCCUUCAGCAACCCAAGGCCCAGUCGUCCAUGUCUCCGUACCUGGUCCCCGACACGGGAGCUCUGUGCCAACACCUGAACCUGCUGCGACAGCUGGCAGCAAGCGGCUGCUUCAUCAUCAUCAUCCCACGCACAGUCAUUGAUGGACUCGAUGUCCUGAAGAAGGAAAACCCUGGAGCGAGGGACAGCAUCCGGUUUUUGGAGUCCGAGUUUAGAAAAGGGAAUCGAUAUAUCCGGUGUCAGAAAGAGUCCGGGAGGAGUUUCGACAGGGAUAAGCUGAAAAGACAGGACAUCGAAGCCUGGCACCUUUAUAAAAUGGUGGACAGCUGUCGGCAGCUGACGGGCGCUCAGGGCGGAGACGAGGACACGGCCGGCAUGGUGACCAUCCUGACAGGGUACGAGGUGGAGGAGCUCGCCGACCGCUCCGCCCCCAUGAAGUCGGCCAUCCAGGCAGUGGCCACGGCAGGAAUGGAGCUGAAGAACAUCGUGAAAUUUUACCGGCAGUGGAAGGAAAUGGGCUGAAAGAGACGGAGGGACAGGGGACUCAGCCCGGCGCUCAGCUAAUCACACAUCGACUCCCUCUCUCCUUCUCUCUCUCUCUCUCUCUCUCUCUCUCUCUCUCUCUCUCUCUCUCUCUCUCUCUCUCUCUCCCCCAUUUUACUGCUCUGUCUGUGUCGCAUCUCCAGGGUUUAAUAAAGAACUCGGAAUAGAGAAGGAAAGACGGAGGGCGAUACGCAAGUCUUUGGAAAAGCACCGAAAACGGGACGCAAAAAAAAAAAAAAAACCUCCACAAAGGGUUGGAAUGAGAGAGAGAUGAAGCAGCGCUAAAAGUGUGCCUGGUUUUAUCAUGACCAGAUGAAACGAGUAUGAGAAACAAACACACACACACACACACACACACACACGAAGACAAAAACAGUAAACAUACAUAUAUAGAACAAGAGUUUAGACUUUUUUGAUUAUAGAUCUUUUUCCUCUGAUCUUGUCGAGAGGGAGUCGCGUCUGCGUCUGUGUUUAACUAGUGAUGCUACGGUAACCGACUGAGCAACAGAACCCACACACACACACACACACACACACACACACAUUUUGAGCAGAAGCGCACGACCGUCCGGUUUCGCAUCCCGGUCGUCUGCGAAGCGACUCCUGACUCCUAGGUUCACGAAGGACUCGGAUCACUCGGAUGUACACUUUCUUUCAGAUGGUUUUCUUUUCUAUCCUACGUGGCUGCUUUUUGUUUUUUUUGUUUUUUAAUUUUUUUUUUUUUUUUUUAGUUUUUUUGGGCUUGUUUGUGAUGAUUGUGUUUAUGUUCACGUUCAUGAAGACAAGAUUAUGUAAAGAUGUAAAAGCAGAUGGUCGGUUUUAUUUGAUUUUAUUUUUCUAUGUCGUUCCCGCAUCAUAUUGCUCUUUUGUAUGGUUCACUGUAGUGACUGGGGACGCGAGGGGCGGGGCUUCGGCGCCUCUCACAGGAGUACAGGUUUUCGUGCGGAGGUGGCGUCACCGCCCCGAUCGUCAUCUCGCCCUCUCGGUUUUCUCGUUAACAUACGUGAAGGUCGUUCUGUUCGGAACCAUGUGCGCCGUUCACCAUCGCUGCCCCGUCGUAGUCGUCCCACAGCGCACAGUGAAAAGGAAACUGAUGUAUGUGUGAGGCGUUAAACAAUAAAAAAUAAAAUGAGAGAAGCAGCAGA